AUGCAGCGUGGAGUUAAUUGGCUUGCAGGCAUUGAGGCUUCCAUGGAGGUGCAGCAGGCAACUGAGACAGCCAACAGGGCAAAACCAGUAAAACCCCAGGCUAGACCAGUGAAGAAGAAGGAGAGUAUGAAGGAGAGCAUGCAAGGGGCAACUAGUGAGCUCACCUCAAAGAAUCAUCCAGUGCAAGCCGUAGUUCAAGAUGCAGGUGGUCACCACACAGCUAAUAGCACGGGUGUAGGUGCAGGCAAUGGCAAGGCAAUUGGAAAUGAGGAGUUUGAGAAUCAGGGCAGAAAGACGAAGAGGAAAAAGAAGGCCAACCCUACCAUAUCAUGUGAAGCGUCUACGCUUCGCUUUAUGAACCUUACUUGGGGGCUCAGAAAUAAGAAAUAUGGCCUUUUGGGCAAGGUUCAUAACUGUAUUCCCACUGCAACUGUUUCCACCAUUUCUCUGGGCAUUUCAUCAGCAAGAACAGGCCAAACAGUUGCGACCACAGUCUCACUUGCAAAAGAUCCACCUCCUUCCUUGACUGACUCAUCCAGGACUUCAGACAUUCCUGCAUCAGACGAAGAUGGAGACGUCAACGUUGACAUUGACAUUGACGUUGAUGCUGACAACAAUGAAGACAAUGAAGAAUUCAAAGAGCAUUUGUCGUCUCUCAUUGCUAAUGAAAAAGGAAGGGAGGGGGUGCAGGUUCAAUCAACUCACACCAUUAGUUCCACGAAGAGGCCAAUUGAAGCAGUUGACUUGAUAGACCCUGCUGAUGACUCCAUGAUACUUGACACUUCUGAUCUCAUGACUCCCGAGGUCGAGCCCAUUCCUACUGAGCUAGCACGGAUCACUUCGAAGACUAGCAUAACAGUCUGCGAGAACCUAAACCCACCCAAGAAGGCCAAGUUAGAACCAGCAUCCCAGAUCACAAGCAUUCUGGCAUCACCUGAGCCCGAUUUGAUGUUUGCCGACAUGUUGAUGAAGCCAAAAAGUGCCCAGCCUAAUUUUUGGUCCAUCGAGGCCGACAAACUACUUCCAGUGCUCCAGGCUAUUUUUGACAUUGCUUAUCCAGGAAUGAAUCAUAAUGUCCAACCAAAAGGCCCUAUCAUUGGUUUGUCAUCUCUAAUGAAAGGUGAAUCAGCGCAUUUGCUCCUGGCGCAGUAA